GACAAACAGGAAGAACCGUGGACUUCUAAACUACAAGGUUUCACUUUCACCCCAUGCUAACGGCUAGCACAGCACUGGGAAAGCAGGUACAUUGGCUACAGACUACCUCCUGCAGCUGACCAUGGAUUAUGUAGAGCCCAUUCUGUCUGUUGCUUCACAGAUCUACACUCUGGUUGAGAAUGUUAAGGCCAAUAAAAAGCGCUGCUCUCGUGUUGUAGAGCGAGUAAAAGCCUUGGAGGACUUGGUGAGGUCAAUCAAACGGAGGGACGCGGUCGAACUCUCUGCUGAGGUGGACAGUUCCCUGAAGGGACUCUCAAUCACUCUCAGAUCAGCGCAGGAGCUCAUUGAGAAAUACACUUUGUCAAACUUGGUGAAGCGCAUCCUGAAGUCCAGCAGUCAUGGAGAUGAAUUCAACAGUGUGAAUGAACGGCUCAACGAUGCCUUCCAAAGCCUGGCUUUAGCUCUGCAGCUAGAGCAUGGAAAUCAGGUGUUCAGGGUUUUUGAGCAGAUCUCCAGGCAGAAGGAAGAUGAAGUUGACAGCAGGGAAGAUGAUGCGGAAUUGAAAAGAAUGCUCCUGGAAUACGGGGAAUAUGUGGAAACCAUGCAAAGGGAUCUUGAAGACAUUAAAUCCAAUGUAGUAAAAAUUGUGGAGAUGUUGAAUAAACCCAGAAUCAUAACUAUGGACAUCCGAAUGAUUAAACCAGAUGAACUGAAGAAUGUUGAAGAAAAUCCCUUCAUGACAACACCAACCUCUGAGGUCUACAAAGGAGAAUUUGGUGGCUUCACAGUGGCCAUCAAGAAAUACACAGGAGCCAAACCAGGGAUGGUAAAGUCUGUCUUCAAUAAGGAAAUCGACACCAUGAAACGCUUUGAGUCUCCCAACAUCCUGCGAAUGUUCGGCAUCUGCAUCCGAGAAGAGAACACUUCAAAUCCCGAGUUCCUGGUCAUCAUGGAGUAUUGUGAGAAAGGAAGCCUUCGAGAUGUUCUGAACUCCAAACAUGAAUUGUUAUGGACCAGGAAAGCAUCCAUGUGUUUGGAUGCAGCACAGGGACUUUAUCGACUCCAUCUAACUGAGGAAAUAAGUAAGCUUCACAUGAGCAUCACAAGCAGUAAGUUCCUGGUGGAUGAGAACUACAGAGUGAAGCUGGGAGGGUUAGAACUGGCCAAAACAGAGACAUCCCUGAAAAGAACAACUAAGGGUAAAGAGCAGGAGAAAACCAUCAGCUCGCUGUGCUACUUGUCUCCCCAGCAGCUCAGCGACAUCAACUGCAAGUACACCAAAGAGUGUGAGAUCUACAGCUUGGGAAUCGUUCUGUGGGAAAUUGCCACUCGUAAGAAGCCUUUUGAAGACUGCGGUGACAAUGACAGAAUCCUUUCUAAAAAAGUGUGUGAGGAGAAAUAUCAAGAGCCGCUCCCUGCUGAUUGUCCUGAAUCCCUGGGGGAGAUGAUCAAUGCCUGCAGGGCUUAUCAAAGCUCUCACAGGCCAUCUGCUGGCGUGUUGGUGGAUAAACUGCGAAGUGUGCUGGUCCAGUUCGAGAAACAGUGAAAGCCUUCAACAAUGAUCACUUUCUACAAUGUUGUUCAUGUGUUGUGUCAUAAUGAUGUUCUUCUAUUUCGACUGUAACUUAGUUUUUUGUUUUGUACUUUCCCUGUAGUUUUUAGUAGUUUUGUUUAUUUUGUCUUGUAACUCUCAGUCAAAUGUUUUUCUUUCUUCCACAGCGCCAACAUGAGCAUGUCAUUGUAACUACAUAACUGGUCACUUUAAAUACUCUUUGGUUCUGA